AUGGACCAAGACCAGUUUGGUGGCCGAACCGACGACGAUCUGUUCUCCGAUGACAUCGAGCUCGUCGACGAGACAGUGGAAUAUGUCGUCGAAACUGCCCCCGUCUUCGAUGCGCCCGCGGUGGUAGAAGCAGCCCCGGCGCCGGCACCACCACCAGCCCCAGCGACGACGGAACCUACACCCGUUGUAGCACCACAGCCCCGGGCAGCACCAAGUCAACCCGCGAGGUCAUCGCUCGCGCAGUCCCGCCAUGCUCCCAAACCGGCGGCUCAGGAGAACAACAACAACAAUAACAAUAAACCACCGCGCUCGUCUAAGAAACACAACAAUGCUAAAAAGGGCCCGAAACCUUCCUCGCGAGCCGUAAGCGAAACCCCGUCCGGCUCCGAAUCGAUCGCGACAACCGCGGCGACCCCAGCGCCAGACACACCCGCCGCGACCGACAAGCCCGAACAGCCACAGUCAACCCCCGUCCCAUCCGGGCCCGCGACCGCGACCGAGUCCACCACCACGAACAACCACGGCAACACGGCCUCAGCCGUCUCCCACGCCCGCCUAUCCUCCGGCGCAAACCCCCGUCAAAAGCUCACCGAAACGGAACUGGCCGCGCGCAUGGAGAAGAUGCGCCUGCUCGCCGCAGAAAAGACGCGCCGUUUCGAGGAAGCGCAGCGCGACGCUUCGGAACACGAUGUCGCGUACGAGAUCGGCAUGGAGGAAGCGCGCAAGCGCCGGGCUGAAGAGGCCUCGCGCCGUAAGGCGGCAGAGGAGGAGCGUCGCAAGCUGGAGGUGGAGCGUGCUAAGAAUCGUGAGCGGAAGCUUAAGGCGAUGGGGAUGAAGGAGGGCGGGGGGUGGGAUGCUGGCAAGGAGGAACGGGAGAGGCAGGAGGAUGCUGCAGGGAAUGGAUUCCGCGGGGCUAAUGGUGGUGUGCGGGGGGCGAGGUCAGGUGGUGGUGGUGAUAGAGGAGGAUUGGGCGCCAGUCGGUUUUCUGCUGGUGGCGAUGGUGGAGAGGCAGAUGUGAGAGGGGAGUUUGACGGGUUUGGGAUCAGGGGUAGGGGUAUGGGGAUGAGAGGACGUGGCCGUGUUAGGGGACGAGGAGGGCGCGGAGGUGGACGGGCGCUCUUCGACGAACACGAUGGGGAACACCAUGGCGGUGAUCACAGCCGACGCGGCGAACAUCACACAGCACAGGCACCAGCGCCGCCAAAGAAGGUGGAUCUGAAGAAGGAAGACUUCCCAGCUCUACCGUCGUCCAACGCGGCUCCUAAAAAGAUCGACACCGCCUGGGGCAAACAAGCCGGAGUGGCUGAGCUACCGCUGUCCCCUCCGGUUGGGAAAUGGGACGAAGAAGUGGAAGCCACGUUGGCCAAAGAAACCUAG